AUAAAUUUAUUUUUGUAUUUAUGCAAUAUAACAUGUGACUGAGCAAGUUCUUAUAACAAGAAUAACACAUAUGAAUAAAAUAAUGAGCUGUAUAUCCUUUUCAGAUAUGACUCUCUCUGCAUAUACUAUAAUACAUAAUUGCUCAAUAUAUUAUCUGCUGCCUACAAACGAUGACUUCAGUGCUGUUAAACAACAUUGAGGUGAAUACGCUGUGAUGGGGUGGGCGAUAUCCACAGUAUACGUUGUCAUAUGGAGCUGCCUGCUGCCGGGCUUCUAUUUAGCUCCGCAGGCAUCUCCAAAGCAAGUACCGUGCGAUAAGACUAGAAAAGUUUUCACAGACUCAUGGGGAAUUAUCAGUGAUGGGCCUAUGGGCUCGAAUUAUACUCAAGAUUCCCAUUGCGAGUGGCUCAUUAAAGCUAACUAUAGCCGCCAAUUUAUCACAUUAAGUUUUCGGACAAUGGGCACAGAAUGUAGUUAUGAUUAUGUUUUUGUUUAUGAUGGAGAUUCUUUUCGAUCACCACUUCUGGGCAGUUUUAGUGGCAAGACUGAGCCACAACAAGUGACAUCAUCAUCUGGUUAUAUGUUAAUAUUAUUGUAUAGUGACACAAAUUACGUCUUAGACGGUUUCCAUGCAGAAUUUUCGGUCACAGAUUGUCCAAAUAAUUGUACUCAUCAUGGAAAGUGUAUUAACAAUACAUGUUUCUGCGAGAAUGAUUGGGGCGGUAAAGAUUGUUCUCGAGCUCUCUGUCCGAACAAUUGCAGUCAUGCUGGUGUUUGUGGAAUAAAAAGAUGUGAAUGCAACAACGGAUACUCUGGGCAAUCCUGUUCAUUGCAUAAAACGCAUCCAGAAGGAAAUCGAUGGCAUUGGCUUUCGCAUUCGGAAGGUGGACUGAGACCACGUGCAGCUCAUACAGCAAUUUAUGUUCAAGAAACAGACUCAUUUUAUGUUUUUGGCGGCUACGAUCUCAAUUAUAUACUCAGUGACUUAGAAGUAUACAGAUUUAGCACAAGUCAAUGGGAGGAUGAAUAUGGAAGCAUAUUAGAAGGUGCUGCAUCUGCUGAAUAUCUGGAUCCUACUUUAAUCGCAACAGAAUUACAACGCAAUCCUGGUGCCAAAGAAAUAUAUGGCCUAUCGAAGUCAUCUUUAUUCUGGAAGGUGGUUUAUAGUCUCAAAAAUAACAGUACAUUCGGCCUGCUCGAUCGGGCUACUGACGGUAGUCAUGGCUCGCGAGAAUUCAGAAACAUGUCUAAAGAUAACGAGAGAAGCAGAAGCACUAUUAGGAUCGAUAGAAACGAUGAUUCUAGGAGAAAACAUCCUCGAAAUAUAAGACCGCGAUAUUCGCAAAUGUCAAGAUAUCGCAGAAAUUUGGAAAAUUUAUACAGAGAACAUGAUGCAAUAGAUAUUCAAAACGACGAUGUGAAAUGGGAAGAACAAAUUGUAGCAGGUCCCGUCGAAGAUAAUAUCUUCCUUUCAGAGUUUACGGAUCCAAAAUUAACCACGAGUGAUUCAUUGAAAGAAGAAGUUACAGAACCUAUCAUUGAUGAAUUACCUAAACCAAAUCCUCGAUAUGGUCAUGCUGCAUGUAAAUACCAAGAUGGUUUCGUGAUUUACGGAGGAAAAGUGCAAGAUGGUUCUUUAUCGAACGAACUAUGGCAUUAUAAUGUGAAAAAACGUGUGUGGACUUUGCGCGCUAAAAACUCCCCCUUCUAUCCACCUAGACUCACAAGGCACACUCUAACUUUGGCAGGAGAUUACAUCUAUUUGUUUGGAGGUAGCACCGUUGAUGGAGAAUUUUCGUCCAGUCUCUAUAAAAUCAAGUUACAUUUGGCGGAUCCUACGGCGACUAGUGAGAGGUGGAUAGAAGUGCGGCCUCGAGGCGGUAAAGAACUUGAUGUACGUGUGGUAGCGCAUUCAACUGUAUAUCAUCGCGCUACUAAUUCUCUCUUGGUAUAUGGCGGUGUAGUAGCCAGCGUUGCUCGUUUCAGUAAAUUGUCGGACCGAAUGUUUGUCUUUCAACUUGACAGAAAGGUUUGGUCCGAGAUUCAUUAUCCGAGAGCACACUUGCGAGACACAUAUGUGCCGAGAGAACGCGCUUUUCACACAUGUAGUAUUAUAGGAAAUUAUCUGGUAGUGUUCGGUGGAUAUUCUCACAGACAUAAUAAAGAGGAAAUCUGUUAUGAUAACCAGAUGUAUCUUUAUCAUCUUGGUUGCCAUGCUUGGGUAAGCCAUGAUGUGUUAGGCUUAAAUGAUAAAGAUUCUCGUUAUCCUAAACAGCAAGGUGUAUUCGCUCAUGCAGCAGAUGUGCGUAAUGGAAAUACUUUGUUGCUCGUUGGUGGAUAUCAUGGCAAUGUAAAUGCUGAUCUUCUUGCAUACACUUUGCCACCUAUGUUAGCACCAGGAGACGAGGACUAUAUCGAACCGGAACAAAUUUGUUCGAGACAUAAAAGCCUAAUGGAGUGCGCGGCAAAUCCCGAAUGCGGCUGGUGUUCUGCAGAUGAGAUAUGCUAUGGUCGGACGGUAGGCAGCAAUUGCACAACGAAUCUACAGACGACACGUUGUCCAGGAGUCUGUCCUGCCCUAGGCGACUGUCAUUCUUGUCUGAUACACGGCCAACCCGGUGGCGGUUGGGGCACAAGUUUCCGUGGCAAGAAAUCCGUUUCGAACAAACUAAAUCUGGGCACGUGCACAUGGUGUGUUCAAAAUGCUCGCUGUCAUCACAAGGAUGACAAUUAUGGGGUAUGUGGUUUACGGGACGACACGCCUUCGCAAAUACCAGGAUGGUGGGGUUCAAAGGGUACGGAGAUCACCAAGGUCGAAGAAUGUCGAGAAAUGGACAAGAGACCAGGCUUAACUUUCCUUAAAUACAAACCACCAGUGAAUUUUACACAACCCGACUCUGUUACUAUAGUAAACGCAACCACAGUUGAUUUCAAUGUACCAUCCAUGCAAGGCGCGAAGACGGAGUCUGCAUUGGGAGGCGAGAUGAUUGCCAGAUUGACCGGUUUUCUUAGACCGCCACAUUCUAAUUGGGAAAGUGCAAUGGAACAUUUAAAGAUCUGCGUUAGUUACAACAGCGCAACGCUUCACGUAUCGCGAGACGACGAUCCUGAUGAAUUGGAACUAGUCGCUAAUCUAACCGCAGAGACAUCGCAAUGUAUACCGACAAAAUGGCCAGAUGGACAUCCGAUGGAAUUGCAGCCUGGUCGCUAUCUGUUAGACUUUGAGUCGAAAAGAAUGGUGACCGCAAGCUACGCUUAUGCGAGCAAAAUGGAGAUUACACAUAACAAAAAGUCAGAGAAUCCAAAGGUUUUUACUUUUGAGUACUUAGAGCCCUAUCAAAAUGGCUCUUGCCAUCAGUACCAUAACUGCUUACAUUGUUUGACUGACUCUUCGUGCGGGUGGUGCGAUAUUACUAAUCAGUGUUUAUCACGUUCCGCUAAUGAGACAGAGAGUUGCGCAGUAAAUAUGGAAUUGAAUGAGGAGCGCGGCGAGGCGACACGCGAAUGGCACUAUUUGACGAUCACGCCAUCGACAUGCGCUAAUUGUUCCAAUUACAUCUCUUGCGAGUCAUGUGUGGGCACCAACCUAUGCGAGUGGUGGACGGAAGAGGCAAGGUGCGCGCGAAUCGGUCGACUACCCAAUGCUGUGGUGAGUCUGGAUCAGUGCCCGAUUCCAUGCCGACAACGUUCCAACUGCACGCAGUGCCUAGAUGAACGCGGAAGAUGCGUAUGGUGCGAGGCUACGCGGGAAUGCUUCUCGUUCUCCGUGUACACAUCAGAGUACCAGUUUGGUCUGUGUCGGGAAUGGAUGGACCAAGCAGGCCUAAUGGGCGUCACAUCGCGCAGUGGCUCGUCGCUCACUGGAAACGAUCAGUGCAAAAGUUGCAAUCGACACUCCAACUGUUCCAGUUGCCUACAUUCCCUCAGCUGCGGUUGGUGCUAUAGCCUGGAGAAUCCCAUCACCGGUAUGUGUGUGCAGGGCGAUUUUAAUCAGGCUCACGUCAACUGCAGUGCGAUAAUCAACGAAUAUCGAAACGGCAGUCUGAAGGCUGAUGAAUCCGGUUGGGCAUACGCACAAUGCCCUGAUGUGGAUGAGUGUGAUCUCGGCUUGCACGAUUGUCAUCCCGAUGCGCUUUGCACUAAUACUCACGGCAGCUUCAGCUGCCAAUGCAAGCGCGGGUUCAAUGGUGAUGGCAAGGAAAAUUGUACGAAAACCUGCUAUGAAAGAUGCGUCAACGGAUAUUGCAGUGAGGCACCGGAAUAUAAGUGCGAGUGUAAUCUCGGUUGGACUGGACCGGAUUGUCGAACUAAUUGCGGCUGCUAUAACCAUUCCACAUGUCUACAGGGACCAGGCAUUUGUGAUGAAUGUCAAAACUGGACAACGGGACGCUACUGUGAAGAAUGUAAGGCAGGAAGCUACGGGAACGCGACAACGCCAUUGGGUUGUCGCGAAUGCAACUGCAACGGCCACGGUGAUGUGGAGCUUGACGUUUGCGAUCGACAGACCGGCAUGUGCUUCUGCCGUGACAACACCGAGGGCGACAAGUGUCAGCGUUGCAAACGCGAUUACUAUGGUGAUCCACGCAACGGCGGGAUGUGUUAUUACGGUUGCAUGUCACGAGGUAUGCUGGGUGGUGAAGGAAAUGGUAAGCAGGGUCUUGGUAGUCGGCACUCGCAAUCUUUGCUCUGGGACAAUCAUAUGGGUGAUUCGCCGACGAGAGAGUGCCUCUGGAUUGUCAGUCCCGAGACGGAUCUCUCUUUAGAUGCAACCUCGGUGAUUCAGAGCGUGAUACAGUUCACUAUCCAUGAUGACAUCAAUGUAAGCUGCCAGGAGAACAGCGUAUACGUGUACGACGGUCUACCAGAAUUUGUUUCAUCUACCGGUGGCCAUCAGAGUCAAUUACUAGGUGUAUAUUGCACGGAGAGCACCAAUUAUCCAGUGACGGUAGAGGCCAAAUCCGGAUUUCUAACUGUGCAUUAUAAGCAACUAGAUGAAGUAGAAGGUUUUAAUGCGAGUUACGUGAUAAUGACAUGCAGCAACUGUCCUGGAAAUCGCGAGUGUCGCAACGGCAAUUGUCUUUGUAAGUCCGGUUACGUUGGCAUCAACUGCGAUGUGGAGAUUUGUCCGGAUAAUUGCACUGCGUCUGAGAAACACGGUGUCUGCGACAAAGGCUAUGGCCGUUGCGUCUGCAUGCCAGGAUAUGGCGGUCGUGAUUGUUCCAUUCAGCUUAAAAACUAUCAGCUAAUAUUCACAGAACUCUUCAAUUCGGAGUAUUUAGCUGAUCAUUUAGACCAUUUGAGGAAGACGCUGCCGCGCUUCGGACACAGCCUGGUGGCUGAUCGACGCGGUAGUCUGUGGAUGUUUGGUGGAUAUUCACUCAGUCACGGACCUCUGAAUGACAUCAGACUCUUCGACACGAAAAACAAUACAUGGAUGCCAGUGACCGUGGAAUCUACGUCGGAGGCAUCCAUGCCACAAGGCCGCUACUUUCAUGCUGCCGAAAUCGUACAUAGCAGACAGCAGAUCUACGUCUACGGCGGUUUAUCAAUGAAGGAUGAAGACGUGCAGGGAUUGUCGAAUAAUACUCUUAGUGAUUUCUGGAAGUUUAGUCUGCAGAAUCAGCGAUGGAGUCAAAUCGUCCAGGACGAAUCGAAAAAGGAGCCACUGCCUCUGGCUGGUCACACGCUCACCUUGCGUAGAGACGGUGAAUCAGAGAGUUUAAUUUUGAUCGGUGGCUUUAGUCCCAAGUAUGGAUAUUUAGACACAGUCUGGGAGUUCAAUUUGGAGACUGAGACUUGGGACACGGUAAAUACCAUUGGGAACGGUCCCGUAGGUGUUUAUGGUCAUUCCACGGUAUAUCACGGCAAGUCCGACAGCUUCUAUGUUUUCGGUGGCUACACCUAUGCAAUAAACAGAACAUUUAUCUCGAAUAAAUUAUACGCCUUGAAUUAUAAGACGCGAACGUGGUCCGUUCUGCCACCGUUUGAAGACGACUUCACUGACGGUAACAGCUUACCUCAGGCUAGGUUUCUUCAUUCCGCGGUUACGACAGACGAAUAUAUGGUAAUAUUUGGCGGUCGGCAAAAUCCUCACAAUACCUCGGACUCACUGAUAGCGUACAAAUACUCAUGCAAUCUAUGGAUACGUUUGAUAACGAAGGACAUGGAAACGAUCGGCAGUCCGCCACCGCCAGCGUACGCUCACGCGAUGACUCAUGCCGAUCCGGAAUCGAAUGCUGUUUACGUCGUCGGUGGCUUUGACGGUGGUAUUAAGAGUCACGUCACGUUGAUCAGCAUACCGGAAGAUCUGUGCAAUUUAUGGAAGGAUAAGAUCACAUGCAGAAAAUAUUUCGGUUGUUCGUUUUGCGCCGUUACUACUCUCAACGGCACCAACACCUCUUUCUGCUUUUCGAACGAAGUGUCGAGCAAUCGUGAUGACAAAUGCGAUAUCAACGUAACCCAGGCGCAACGAUCGAACGGAAUAUUUUGCAAUUUUGACUGGAUGGCAAGUAGGAAGUGCCAAAAUUUCAGGACCUGCACAGAAUGCCUGGCGGAGUGGCCGUAUUACAAGAACGACAAACCGGUUUGUAAGUGGUGCACCAACUGUCCAUAUGGCAAAUGCAUCCCGUUGGACGAGGAUUGCAUUAACAAGGACGCAAAGGACAAAUGCAACAUGUCGGUGACCAGUGUGAACCAAUGCGGGGAACGGCUGUGUCCGGCGAGCGACUGCGAGAAGUGCAACAGUCUGGGUGACUGCAAGUGGACAAGGAAGGUUCAAAGAGUUAAUGAAUUAGGAAUGACGCUAUCAGAACAGCAGCUCUACGCCUGGAACUGCGUGCCAGAAGAAGUCUUCGAGCGGGCCAGCAUAAAGCGGCCCAGUCGUAGCACGCAGGUCCAGUGUCAGGAGAGAUGUUCCGAACACAAGGACUGCAGCAGCUGUCUGAAGAGUACCGGAGCCGAAGGUGGAUGGAGCGAAUGCAGGUGGUCCACGCAAUUGAACGAGUGCAUCUCGCCAUCGUAUCAGCCGCUUUAUUGCGCCGGCGGUGUCUGCGGUUUGGUGUUGCGUAAUACAGACAUAGAUCACUGCCCGGAGCCGUGCUCGGUAUUCAAACAAUGCAGUACCUGCCUGAAGCAUUCGCAUUGCGGCUGGUGCUCCCUGGACUCGGUUAAUAUAACCGGUCAAGGAAUAUGCACGGAGGGGUCACUCGAAGCGCCGGCCGAUCAUCCAGCAGGUGGUACCUGCGAGAUGCUUUACCAUCAACACUUUCCGGAGGUCGAGGCGCCAAUCACCACGACCUUACAUCCGUAUCACGUAGACUCCUUCGAAGCGCAGGACAAUGUCACAAUGUCAUUGCUCAACGUGAUACCAAAACCAGAGUUCUCAUGGCAUUAUGUCCGCUGUCCCCCGGAGAACGAGUGCGAGAAUGGACACCACACGUGUUCGCCGAAGAGCGAAAAGUGUUUCGAUCUGGAAGAGGGUUUUGAAUGCAAAUGCGGGGACGGAUACAAAACCGAAACCACCUGGGGGAAUGAUUUCGGUAAGAAGAUCUGCGUGCCUAUGUGCACGCAAGGUUGUGUGAGAGGCACUUGCGUGAAGCCUGAUUUAUGCCGUUGCGAUUUCGGCUACGUCGGCUCGAAUUGCUCCAUCCAAUGUCAGUGCAACGGUCACAGCGACUGCGCCGGUCCGGACAAGCUCGAUAACUGUACGAAAUGCCAUAACAACACGAUGGGGAAGCAAUGCGAGAAAUGCUUGCCUCUGUACGUUGGCAAUCCCGCGGACAACGGCCAGUGUGUGCCGUGUCUCGAAUACUGCAACGGACACACUCGGAUUUGCAUCAACGACAACGUGACCGUACCCAAUCCGAACUCCGUGGAUAAGAUGUCGAUAGAGAAACUGAGUAAGCAACUGGGAGAGGGACCGGUGGCGAAAGCGAAGUGCAUCAAUUGCGGGAAUAAUACGAGAGGGGACAAAUGCGGUGAAUGCAUGACCGGAUACUUUCGGGGAACAGAAGAUCUCCGGGAUGUGUGCAGACCUUGUGAGUGUCACGGUCAUGGCUUCACGUGCGAUCCCGUGACCGGCGAGAAGUGCAAUUGCGGCAACAACACCGAGAGCGAACCGACCUGCAUCAGCGGUCCCAUGAAGGGCCCACACUCGGGCGGCAUGCCAUGCUGGAAGGUGCAAUGCAGCAAGUGCAGGGAGAACUACGCCGGCACCCCAACAAUGGGUCAUCAGUGUUACAAAACCGUCACGGUUGACAAUAAAAUGUGCUUCGACUCGAAGUUAAUAGAUGAGUGCAAGAUGAAGCCGAAACCUUUAAAUCCUGGCCAGACUGUCUUCUACAUGGUGCAACCACGAUUCAUGAAUGUGGACAUUAGAGUGAUGGUGGAUGUCACUCAAGGUGCCUUGGAUUUAUUUUUGAGUCCACGGGAUGAUUCCUUCGUUGUCACUUUGAACUCGUCCACUGGAUAUCAAGAGGUCGAGAUAGAUAGCAGAUUCAGAUCGAUACGGUCUGAUCAACCCAACAACAAAUUCCGGGUUGUUGAAUUUCGUCCUCAUGAUAGUGCUGGAAUGUUUAAUGAUACCACCACGGAAUCAACCCGAUGGAAUACUCCACCGCAGUAUUAUGUGAUGGAGCGCUAUGCAGUGAACUUGGCCACCUUUCUAACAAUCGAAAGACGAAACACAUUUUUGGUGAUCCGCAAUUUAACAAAUCGAUUGGUGCUGACGUUGCCACAAGAUAAGCACGAACUGGGCCAGACCAAGUUUCACAUCGCGCUACGAGCGAUUGAUCCAGUAAAUCCGGAACUGAAUGGCCGCGCCGCCUACGGAAUGAUCUUCUUCCGUCAAGACCAGUUACAUAUCGAUCUAUUCGUCUUCUUCUCGUGUUUCUUCUCCUGUUUCUUCCUAUUUUUGGCGGGGUGCGUGGUCGCGUGGAAAGCGAAACAGACGGCGGAUUUACGACGCGCCCGGCGUCGUCACGUUGUAGAAAUGUUGCAUAUGGCGAAGCGACCAUUCGCCUCCGCGACGAUACUCUAUGAUCGAGAUGGCGGCGAGUGCAGCCCGAACUCGCCGCAGCGUAAGGGCAGGAGAGGCAAGCACAUCAGCUUUCACAGUGAUGUGAGGCCGGUGGCUGUCGAACCUACUGAUGAUGGAGUCGCAGCGGUAGCGACAGUGUUCAUCAGGUUACCCGGUGGUCGCCAAGCACCCGUCAAACUGGCCUUAGGUAGUUCGCUCAUACUCUUGACCAGGGUCUAUCCAGUUAACAGCAGAGUGUUUUUAAGACGUAGAAACAGUCACGCGACGAACUGAACCCACGUUAUAGUGGAACCUCGAUCUCGACGGCCUUCGAGUUCCACACUUCAGACACCAAUAUUCUCGAACUCUUCUUCGACUCCUAUGAGAGUCUCCGAUGUUUAAGCCAAUCUGCUAGCUGCGAGCUGUAAUAAAGUUUGGAUAUCAAUGGACCUGGAAUUAACAUAUAAAUUUAACAGGAAGAUUUGUUUAAGGUUUAACACAAUGAAAAUGAUAGACGAGAUAAACUCAGGAUAUAACGUAAAUUUUAACAAAAUACGUAUUUUACUAGCGGAGCAUCCUGCAUACCUGCUUAUAAUUUUAUCUUUUCUCAUUAGAAAAUUGUUCUUUUUUUAUUGAUCUCACAUAUUGAUUGGCAAUAAGAACAAUAAGGAUCAAAUAUCUACAGAAGGCAGACAUGUAAAAUAAAUAUUAUAAUAUUCCGCCGAAUUUUAUUAUGAAUAUUGGAUUCAUGGAUCCGAGGGAAUCGAAGAUUUCCGGAAUCAUGAAUAAAAUCUAACCAUUUAAAAAUUCGCGCAGCUAAUAUUCUGAAAUUCUAGUGCCAUUAGAUCAUCAUGAUGCAGAAGAACGCAUAUUAAAAAAAUUCAAAUUGUAAAAAAAUGUAAAAAUAUGUGCAAUACCUACGGAUCCAAGGAUCUUAUAUUAUAGAUCUGUAAAUCGUGCAAUUAUUGUUUUUUUUUAAUAGAGAUUUAAUAUUGUACAUCAAAUAGUGUUAACACGAAAAUCGAUCGUAACAUUAUUUAAUCUAAAUAUAAUAUAUUAUGUUGUAUACCAUUCCAUGACGAGACUGUACGUUUGUAUAUAUAGCAAUCUGUAAUUACGUAUUAAUUCGUACUUUAUACAUUUUUGUAGAAAUAUUUUACGAGACGUGGCUUCGCGUCAUGGAACAUUCGUGACUAUUCUCGGAAAUGGAUGAAAUCGAUUUUGCGCGAUUUGUAUCAAUUGAAUGAACAGUAUUAGAAUUGUUGAUUAUGAGAUGGAGCUCAACGAUGCGCGUUAACAAGGUUCCUAUGCCAAAUUGAUUAGGAUGGAUACGUGUUGAGCGUUCUAAUAUAAUAAUAUAUUAUUUAUCGUAAGUGGAUAAAAAACAAGAUAGAUUUUAUUUGGGAAAGAAAUGUAUAUACGCAUGAAAGUUGCGAAUGGGUGUUGCGAACUUUUAUAACUGGCAUCGUUUGCGUACUGAUUGACACUUAUACUCGAUAAGCGAAUUUUUUAAACAGAGAUAACGACUACGUAUUAAUCAAAACGUAGAAAUAAUGUGAGUGUAAUAAUUUUGGCAUUAACGUGCUUAAUAAUCACUGUCAGAAGACUAUGAAUGAGAUAAUGAAGGGACAACCUCAUUUUAUUUGGAGUUCAAGAAUUGUAUAAAUAGAAUAUGCAAAAUAAAAAUACACGAAUCAAUGAAUCAUAAUUUCUACAAACACAAAAAGAUGCAGAAGCAAAAA